AUGUCACAGACGGAUUGCCUGCAUGUGCUGAUCCCUUCCCUCCCCCCGUCUCUUGCCAUGCUUCCCCAGCCAUUACAGGAGGCCAGGGGGGCGCCGGACACGAGCAACGAUGAGGAGAUAGCUCGGCUGCUGCAGCAGGAGCUGAGCCUCGAGGAGGUGAGUCUGGGUGGGGAGGUGGGGCUGGGGGCGCCGGACAUGAGCAACGAUGAGGAGAUAGCGCGGCUGCUGCAGCAGGAGCUGAGCCUCGAAGAGGUGAGUUUGGGGGAGGCGAGGCUGGGGAAGGUGAGGCUGGGGGAGGUGAGGCUGGGGAAGGUGAGGAUGGAGGAGGCGAGGGAAACGAGGGAUGUGAAAUUGGAAGCAGAUGAAAUGUGGAGACCACAAUACCCUUUCCCUCCCCUCGCUCAUCCCUCCCGGUUUCCCCAGGGCGGGCACUCGCAUUCGCCUGCAGCACCUCCUCCUGGCAGCAGCACCGAGCGCAGCGGUGGGGCGGGCGGCGCGGUAGCAGGGAGGGUGGUGGGUGGAGGGCAGCAGCACCCUGUGUGGUCGGCGCUGCUGCCGCCCAUGUGUGCGGGGUGCGGUGAAUCUCUGGGCUUCUCUCCUGCUCUCUCGUCCAUGGGGGGGUUGUGGCACCCGCACUGCUUCACUUGCCACGCAUGCAAGCAAACCAUCUCAGAGAAACAGUUCAACAUUAAGGACGGCAAGCCAUAUCAUGCAGCAUGUCACCGCCAGCUCUUCCACCCCAAGUGUGCCGUCUGCCAAGACUUUAUCCGCCCCAACCCAGAAGGCAUGAUCAACUUCCGUUCGCACCCCUUCUGGGGCGACAAGUGGUGCCCCGGCCAUAUGACAGACAGCACGCCGUCCUGCACCUCCUGCUGCCGCCUGCAGUCCCGCGGUUCCCCGCCAUUCAUUGACCUGCCAGAUGGCCGGCACCUCUGCCUUGACUGCGUUGACUCCGCCGUGCUAGACUCCGCCGACUGCCGCCCGCUGUUUUCGUCCGUUAGUGACUUCUUUGCCCAGCUGGGGAUGCCAGUGAGGCAGCACAUUCCGGUGCUGGCAGUGGAGCAACAAGCAUUGAAUGAUGCGCAGAGGGCGGAGAGGGAGGGCCACGAGCACGGGUCGCUCACGCGAGGUCUCUGCCUGUCAGAGGAGCAGACCAUUCAGAUGUUGGUGCGUUUGCCCGGCUCGCUCACCCACGCCUCCUCCUUCUCUGCAGUGGGCCAGCAGACCAUGACAGUGUCUCGCCACUGCGCUGUCACCGCCAUCCUCGUGCUCUAUGGGCUGCCCAGGUGUGCAUGGCAUGGUGCAUGGGGUACAAUACACAUCCCUCCGCCUGUGUCUGCCCCUCCACCCCACCCUUGCCUGCUGCUUUUCUCUGCUGUGCCUGUCAUCUGCCCCUCUACCCCUAUCCCCAUCAGAGUGUUGACGGCGUCUAUCCUCGCACACGAGCUCAUGCACGCAUGGUUCAAGCUCGACGGUAUGCCCCCUUUCCUGCCCAUACCUUCCUCCAUUCUGUCCCCUCCCCCUGAUGCAUUCCCACAAUUCGUAUAUGUUUCCUUGCAGUCCCCCCGCUGCAUCCACUUGUCUGCCAUUCCCUGCUUGCCACUGCUGGGGCCUGUCACCCCGUCCUACAAAGCUGUGAAACGUCUCAGAACUCGCCUGCUCGUGCCCAUCUCCCAUCCCGUGCCAUGUGUAGGGGGCUUCCGCCAUCUGCCUCCAGAGCUAGAGGAGGGUAUGUGCCAGGUCAUGGCGUAUCUAUGGCUGCAAACCCAGACCCCUCCAGCCCCACAUGCCCCAUCACAAGGCCCGUCUGUACAAGUCCCAUCACAGCAAGCCUCCUCCGCUGCUCCUCUGGCUCACGAGGCGCACAGCAGCUUCCGGCAGCGCUUUGCAGCGUUCUGCCUGCACUCCAUUGCCACUGAUGCAUCCCCCGUGUAUGGCGACGGGUUCCGUGCCGCCCAUGCUGCUGUGCUCAAGCAUGGGCUGCUGCCUACCCUGGAGCACAUCCGGGCACACAGAGCACUGCCUAGAGUGUAG